AUGUUAGCCUGGCACCUGGAGCAGGCUUUCAGAGAUAAGUUUGCAGCCUGGGCCAGAAGCCGGUGUCUGCAGUGGGACGUCCUGGAGAACAAGCUGCCCAACUUCCUGGAGGAACUCAUUACCUGCCCCUGCACUCUGGCACAGGCCCGCGCUGACACAGGCGGGUUUCAUACUGAUUAUAGUUGUGACAUUGAGCGGGGCAGUGUGUGCACUUAUCACCCAGGUUCCGUCCACUGCGUCAGAGCCAUUCAGGCCAGUCCUAAGCAUGGAUCGGGGCAGCAGUGCUGCUAUGACAGCACAGGGGCUCUGGUGCUGACGGGAGACUCGAGGGGCAGCACCCCGGACAGGGCUCACGACUGGGGCUCGCCUCCGUACAGGGAGCCCCCACGGGUGCCGGGGUACUCACACUGGAUUUGCGAUGUCAUGAGUUUCUACUACUGCUGCCUGUGGUCUGACCACUGCAACAUCUACUUCAACCAUCGCCCUUCUAGCGGCGGUCGCAGCUACCAGCCCCCAAAAGCUGGUGUUGUCCUCGGGGAUCCGCAUUUCGUAACGUUCGACGGGCUCAGCUACACUUUCAACGGCCAAGGAGAAUACUACCUUGUGUCUUCUCCAGACAGAGAGCUGAGUGUUCAGGCCAGAACAGAGGCGCUGAAAUGUAAGAACGGUACCUUGGCCAAAGCCACAGUGCUGUCAUCCGUGGCUAUGAAGGGAAAUACCUCUGAUGUCAUCGAGGUGCGUCUAGCAAAUGGCCACCUUCAGGUGCUGAGGAACCAAAAGGUCCUACCUUUCACCGAGCAGAGAUGGAUGGACCUACACGGAGUAUUUGUGUUCACCCCCAGUCUUCAGAAUGUGACAGUAAUCUUCCUUUCUGGAGUUGGCGUGGAGGUUCGAGUGCGUGCAGGAGCCAUGGCAGUGACCGUCCUGCUUCCAUCAGAGUUUACUAACCACACUCAGGGUCUCCUCGGUCUCAUGAACUCUGACCCCUCAGAUGACCUGUUGACCGGACUAGGAGAGAUCCUUUCCCCAGCCGACGCCACGCCGGAGGAAAUCUUCACCUUUGGAGCUGGCUCGGUAGACGAUGGGUGGAUGGCUAACAUUGAUGCGUAUCUGAACUGA